UGAGUGCGCUCCGGGAGAGCGGCUAGGGCAAUAUGGCUUCCUGCACCUGGUGACGGUGGAAGGAACUGUGUUAGGUCUCAUGGAGAAGCCCCGGAGCAUCGAGGAAACCCCAUCUUCAGAACUGAUGGAGGAAGAUGACGACGACUUAGAGCUCUUUGGUGGCUAUGACAGCUUCCGGGGUUACAACAGCAGUGUGGGCAGUGAAAGCAGCUCCUAUCUGGAGGACUCAAGUGAAGCAGAAAAUGAGGAUCGGGAAGCAGGGGAGCUGCCCACCUCCCCCCUGCAUUUGCUCAGCCCUGGGACUCCCCGCUCCUUGGAUGGCAGUGGUUCUGAGCCAGCUGUCUGUGAGAUGUGUGGGAUCGUGGGCACAAGGGAAGCCUUCUUCUCCAAGACCAAGAGGUUCUGCAGUGUCUCCUGCUCCAGGAGCUACUCCUCCAACUCCAAGAAAGCCAGUAUCUUGGCCAGAUUACAGGGGAAACCACCUACCAAGAAAGCCAAAGUCCUGCACAAAGCAGCCUGGUCUGCCAAAAUUGGGGCCUUCCUCCACUCCCAGGGGACCGGACAGCUAGCAGAUGGGACACCAACGGGGCAAGACGCUCUGGUCUUGGGUUUCGAUUGGGGGAAGUUCCUGAAGGAUCACAGUUACAAAGCUGCUCCUGUCAGCUGUUUCAAACACGUCCCGCUCUAUGACCAGUGGGAGGAUGUGAUGAAGGGGAUGAAGGUGGAGGUGCUCAACAGUGACGCCGUGCUCCCCAGCCGGGUUUACUGGAUCGCCACUGUCAUCCAGGCAGCUGGGUAUCGGGUGCUGCUCCGGUAUGAAGGCUUUGAAAAUGAUGCCAGCCACGACUUCUGGUGCAACCUGGGCACGGUGGAUGUCCACCCCAUCGGCUGGUGUGCCAUCAACAGCAAGAUCCUGGUGCCCCCGCGGACCAUCCACGCCAAGUUCACCGACUGGAAGGGCUACCUCAUGAAGCAGUUGGUGGGCUCCAGGACGCUUCCUGUGGAUUUCCAUAUCAAGAUGGCAGAGAGCAUGAAGUACCCCUUCCGGCAGGGCAUGCGGCUGGAAGUGGUGGAUAAGGCCCAGGUGUCGCGCACCCGCAUGGCUGUGGUGGACACAGUGAUCGGGGGGCGCCUGCGGCUCCUCUAUGAGGACGGGGACAGUGAUGAUGACUUCUGGUGCCACAUGUGGAGCCCCCUGAUCCACCCAGUGGGUUGGUCACGGCGUGUCGGCCACGGCAUCAAGAUGUCAGAGAGGCGCAGCGACAUGGCCCAUCAUCCCACCUUCCGGAAAAUCUACUGCGACGCGGUUCCUUACCUUUUCAAGAAGGUACGGGCCGUCUACACAGAAGGCGGUUGGUUUGAGGAGGGGAUGAAGCUGGAGGCCAUUGACCCCCUGAAUCUGGGCAACAUCUGCGUGGCAACUGUGUGCAAGGUUCUCCUGGACGGAUACCUGAUGCUCUGUGUGGAUGGGGGGCCCUCCACAGACGGCUCGGACUGGUUCUGUUACCACGCCUCCUCCCACGCCAUCUUCCCAGCCACCUUCUGCCAGAAGAAUGAUGUUGAGCUCACACCCCCAAAAGGGUGCGAGGCCCAGACUUUCAACUGGGACACGUACUUGGAAAAGACCAAGUCAAAAGCGGCUCCAUCAAGACUCUUCAACAUGGACUGCCCCAGCCACGGCUUCAAGGUGGGCAUGAAGCUGGAGGCCGUGGACCUGAUGGAGCCCCGGCUCAUAUGCGUGGCCACAGUGAGGCGGGUGGUGCACCGGCUCCUCAGCAUCCACUUCGAUGGCUGGGACAGCGAGUAUGACCAGUGGGUGGACUGCGAGUCCCCAGACAUCUACCCCGUGGGCUGGUGCGAGCUCACCGGCUACCAGCUGCAGCCGCCAGUGGCCACAGGUCCGGGUGCUCACUGCCAGCCAAACACACCUCUGAAGGCCAAAGAGGCUACAAAGAAGAAAAGGAAACAGUUUGGGAAGAAAAGGAAAAGAAUCCCACCCAUCAAGACCCGGCCCCUCAGACAGGGCUCCAAGAAGCCCCUGCUGGAGGAGGACGUGCAGGCCGCAGAGAAGACCGUGUCUGAGCCCGUUCCUGACGAGACCCUUGCCCUGCCCGUGAAGGAGGAGCAUCUUGACACGCCCGACAAGGCUCCCCAGCUGCCCGUGCCCCUCGAGCACAUCAAGCAGGAGACAGAGGACUGAGCCUUCCCUGCCACCAGCCUGGUCACCACCACAGCUGUCCUCCCACCCACUUUGGUUUGGAGACUGAGCCUUUUUGCAUAAAUUCUGCAAGGGCCGGGCACUGAAGGACCAGCCUGGGUUUUCCUCAGACCCAUCCUCUUGCCUUGCCUUCUUCCUUGGCAAGGCCUUUGUGACUGGGGUUGCCUGGGGUCCCCACACUUGUCUGUGAGCAACUCCCUCUGCAGCCCAAGUCCCGACUUGAACACUAGCUGCCCAGACUGCCAGCAGUAGCCUCAUAUCCACCCCUGCCAGGGUCGGGGUGGCCGCUGGUCACCCGGGAAGGCGAGACUGUGAACUAUGUGAGCAUGUGUGUGCACGUCCCCAAAAGAGUGGCCUGGGUGACAGUGAUGUGAUGGGUGCAGCCUCUGCCUAAGUCCUGACAGGCCUCACCAAGAACUUCCUCUCUUGCCCCCUGGGCUGGUGCACCACUCCUCGCACCCCCAGGGAGGUCUGGAACCCCCUUGCAGGGUUUUGGUGGAUAUGACCAGGAUGUGGGUCCCAGUGACUUGUGAGGUUGCCUUGACCCCUUUUCUCUUUUGGCAUGAACACGGAUGCCCCUUUCCUAAGAGGAGUGGUGGGGGAGAGGCCACAUCUGCCUUGCAGGUGGGGAGGCUUGCAGGGUCCUCUGAGGGUGGACCUGGAGCAGACUGUGGGUGGGGUGGGUGUGCCUAGACCAGGCCACUUGCCACCAGGGGCAGCAGGAUCGGCAGGUGAGCUUGGGGCCACGUGUUGACAGUCUUAGCUGAGAGGGAGCCAUUGAGUGUGACCGGCCAGAGGGUCCCAGGGCCUUGAAGUUGGGAAGUGGUGAGCUCUGCUGGUUGAGGUGGCUCUUACCCCACCAGUGUUUCUUGGACAGAAGGAUAUAGGGGGUAAAAUGGCUCCCUUUUCCUUACUGUCUAACUUCACAUAUUUCCAUUCUGCCUGCUCCUCUUUCAAAUGGUAUUUGAGAAGUUUACUGUGUAUCUACCCCAAUUCCAAAUACUUUUCUUUCUCCCAGUCAAUCUCCAUUUGAAACUAUGAUCAGUGCCGUCUCUUCAGCAGCUCUUCUGCCUGGAGCCUAAAGUUGGGGUGGGCGUCAGCCCUCACCCUAUCCCCCCCAUUCUUGGAUAGAGACAGCACCGCUCGGGGCAUGUCCCCCGCAGCAGUGCUGCUUGGCCAGCUGCCUUCCCAGCCCCUCCUCGAUGUGCUGACUGGGUUUGCUCAGGACCCAGGCUGUUUGGUUUCAUUCCAGAGCUGGGGUGACCAGCCCAAGGAGAGCAGGUUUCCAAUCCUCACGGGCCUGGGGUGUUUCCAGGCCGGUUCAGUUGCCAAUUGCCUUAGGCAGCCCCCAUGCAGUGCAGAAAUCAGGCUCAGAAAGUGGCCUGUUGGCACAGCCCAGAUACCUCAGAAAGUGCAUAGACAGUGGGACACAAGGCUGAGGCGUGUCUCAGGAAGGCUGAGGCGUGUCUCAGGCAGAGGGGCUGUGCUCUGCCCCCACCCUGUCACACACUAAAACUCUGCAACUCAGGUGGUGACAGGUCAGUGGCAUCCACCUCCCAAGGGAGGGACAGAGUCUUGGUUCUUUUGGGGACAGGACAGUGGGAGGGAGAUGGCCUGGGAGUGAACUUGGGCCCUGCCACCUGCUCACAGAACCCUGCUUUUGUUCAGGGUGAUGGGCCCAGUUAAAAAGAACUCAUCUUCCCAGAUGAGUACAGGGCCCGGUUCUGACCGAGGGCUUCUGGGAAGAUGGUUUGUCUGCUACUUUGGCCCCUUGCUCCUCCUUCCUGGAUGAAGAAACAAGGGUGACAGGUGCCAUGGGCACAGAAACCACCCGGUAAGGACGUUAGAGAAGAGGACAUGUUCAUCUGCCAUUCCAGCCCCGGACUGGCCUCCCCACACUUACUAAUUUCUUGUAUGAAACAAAUAAACCCCUUCUGUUGCA